AUGGAGCUCGACACACAUGGAACCGUUGAGGCGUUCUCUACUCACAAACAUCCAUCAAUUGUGAAUGGCAUCGGUUAUCUGAGGGGUAUGAAGUCGUCCUUACGUUCUGAGACCUGCGACAAGAUUUAUUCAACUUCCGAAACACGGAUGGCUAUGCAGGAUGAAGCAACAUCAGGGCAGAGGCAUGAUCGCCCAUUAGUACAGAUCGCACCGAUGUUAGACGUCACUUACUUCGAGUUCAGGCAAUUUAUGCGCCUUAUAACAAAGCGAGCUCAGCUUUGGUCAGAGAUGAUGGCUGACGGAUCGUUAAUUUAUGGCGACAAGGACAAAGUACACCAAUUAUUACAAUUUUCUCCAAAUGAACGACCUAUCGUUGUACAACUUGGAGGAAAUAACAUCGAUACACUUCGGCAAGCUGCUAAAAUCGCACUGUCCUAUGGGUAUGAUGAGGUCAACCUUAAUGCGGGUUGUCCUUCAGCCAGGGUAUCUGGUAAAGGGUGUUUCGGUGCGGCUCUAAUGAACGAAGCAGCAUUGGUUAGUGGUAUAGUUCGGCAGUUGAAGGACGAAUUCCCAGUACCAGUGACUGUUAAGCACAGGCUUGGCGUGGACCACAACGAUAGCUACGAGUUUGUCCGUGACUUUGUAAGAACAGUAGCCGAGGGUGGAUGCACGCAUUUUAUCGUACAUGCUAGAAAAGCAUGGCUCCAUGGUAUCAAUCCAAGGAAAAAUAGAUCGAUACCACCACUAGACCACGACCGUGUAUAUCGGCUAUGCAAGGAGUUCCCACAACUCAAUUUUACUCUGAAUGGUGGUAUAAAAUCGCUAUGUGAAAUAAAGGAUGCUCUUGAUAAGGGCGUCUACGGCGUCAUGGUUGGUCGUAUGGCGUACGAGAACCCUUGCGGUCUCGUAAGAGUGGACACCGACAUAUAUGGAGAAGCUGAGAACCCUUCUACUUGUAAAACUCGUCGCAUCCUGUUGGAGGCUUACGCAGACUUUAUCGACGCUAACAGUGAGCGCACCGAAAGCAUGAACGUAUGUGUGCUUGUGAAACCUAUUUUAGGGACCUUCCAUGGCGAGGCCGGAACUAGAUUGUUCAGGCAGGCCCUCUCGGACAUGGACGCUUACGAGAAGCUUAACUUCCACAAAGGGAAGACCAAGAGUGCACAGUACAUACAUCGUGCUAUCCAACUUAUGGAGACUAUCAAUCCCGAUGCUUUAGAUCGGCCACUUCACUGA